GAAGGAAAUCUCUUGAGUGCAAAGACUGAAGGAUCCACUAUGCUCACCAAUAGGAUGGCAUACAUCAAAAUACAGGAAUGUGGGAAUUGGAAAACUGGGUCAAACCGCUGCCACAGCCACCACCUGCCAGCCAGAGCAAAUACUGUCCCAGCUGCCGCCCCACGCACCUGGCGCCCAGGCACUACCCCCGAUUGCUGCUGCGCAGAGCACCCCCAGCGCGGACUCCCCUCGCGCCCCACGGCCCGGCAGGAGCCAGCGGAGAGGAGAGAAGCGGCAGCUCCUGCGCAUUGAGCGCUUAUUUGAAUGUUCCCGCCUCUACGCAGCGCUGAUUGGAUAGGUGAGACCCUGGAAUGCUCUCCCUUGCUCAUCUCUGUCACAAACACUCCCCUACCUGGGGGUAUUCCUGAGGCACCUCUCCACUGCUACAGCUGCACACCCUCAGAACAGAAAUGACUGUUCUGAGAGACAUGUCGCAAUACUACUCUUGUUUUUGAAUACCUGAAUUUGUUUGGAGACAAACAUAUAAUAUGGGAGUUCUCCAUUCAUCAUGUUGUGUCACCAGCGGUGGCUGAGCUGAAAUUUCCUGCAUCUUGGGGAGAGCAUGUAUAAAAGGAAUGGCCUCAUGGCCAAUGUGACCAUCACCUCCGCCACUCCAGAGGAUAGUAGCAGCUCUGACUCUUUGGAAGGAAGGAGUUCAGACUAUGCCAAUAAAAGCUAUGAUGCGGUUGUAUUUGACGUAUUGAAAGUAACUCCUGAGGAGUUUGCAAGCCAGAUUACAUUAAUGGAUAUGCCAGUAUUUAAAGCUAUACAGCCAGAGGAACUAGCCAGCUGUGGAUGGAAUAAGAAAGAAAAACACAUCCUCGCCCCUAAUAUUGUUGCCUUCACACGGAGGUUUAAUCAGGUCAGUUUCUGGGUUGUACGAGAAAUUUUAACAGCACAGACCUUAAAAAUAAGGGCAGAAAUAUUGAGCCAUUUUGUGAAAAUAGCUAAGAAACUUCUAGAACUGAACAACCUACAUUCCCUCAUGGCUGUGGUAUCAGCAUUGCAAAGCGCACCUAUUUUCAGGCUGACGAAAACUUGGGCUCUUCUGAAUCGCAAAGACAAGACCACCUUUGAGAAGUUAGACUACUUAAUGUCUAAGGAAGAUAAUUAUAAGAGGACACGAGAGUACAUCAGAAGCUUAAAGAUGGUCCCUACUAUUCCCUAUUUAGGAAUAUAUCUCUUGGAUUUAAUCUACAUCGAUUCUGCAUAUCCUGCAUCUGGCAGCAUCAUGGAGAAUGAACAAAGAUCCAAUCAAAUGAACAAUAUCCUCCGAAUAAUAGCUGAUUUGCAAGUCUCCUGUAGCUAUGAUCAUCUCAUAACUUUACCCCAUGUGCAAAAGUACUUAAAAUCUGUCCGCUACAUUGAGGAACUUCAAAAGUUUGUGGAAGAUGACAACUAUAAAUUAUCCUUAAGAAUUGAGCCAGGAAGCAGCUCUCCUCGACUGGUCUCCUCCAAGGAAGAUCUUGCAGGUCCAUCAGAGGUGUCAGCAACUGUGAGGUUCAGCAGGAGACCAACUUGUCCUGAUGCCUCAGUGGCAGCCAGCCUCCCAACCCCUCCUGUACCAAGACACAGGAAGAGUCACAGCCUGGGAAACAAUAUGAUGUGUCAGUUCAGUGUAGUUGAAAGUAAAAGUGCAACGUUUCCAACAGAGAAGCUACGCCACCUGCUGGAUGACAGUGUCCUAGAAUCCCACAGUCCUGUCAGAAACCACACUCUAAACUCAGUUUUCACCAAUGGAAUUUCCAUAGGAAGUAGUGAAAGUUCAGAAUUUAGUGAGGAGCUGUCUUCAGGGCUUGAAAGGGGUCGGCUGUAUGCCACGCUGGGGCCUAACUGGCGGGUACCAAUUCGGAAUUCUCCCAGAAGUCGAAGCUGUGUCUACAGCCCAACAGGGGCCUGGAGCUGCACAUUAGGGAGUUCAACAGGAGUCAUUACCAUGGAAGGGCCUUUAAGAAGGAAGACGUUACUAAAGGAAGGCAGAAAGCCUACACUCUCCUCAUGGACUAGAUAUUGGGUUACACUUUCGGGAUCAACUCUUCUCUACUUCGGAGCAAAGUCAUUAAGAGGCACAGAAAGAAAACAUUAUAAAUCUACUGCUGGUAAAAAAGUCUCUGUUGUGGGCUGGAUGGUGGCACUGCCUGAUGAUCCUGAACAUCCUGAUAUUUUUCAGCUAAAUAACCCUGACAAAGGCAAUAUUUACAAGUUUCAGACUGGGUCAAGGUUUCAUGCAAUACUGUGGCACAAGCAUUUGGAUGAUGCAUGCAAAAGCAACAGGCCUCAGGUACCUGCUAACCUUAUGUCAUUCGAAUAA